AUGAAUGGCUCUCACUCACGCGGCAACUUUGACGCACCAUCGGUUGCGCACGAUCACUGUGAUAAAGGGCAGGUUAGCUUGGAUGAGCAUUCAUUCCUGGAGUUGGAGGCGUCGUCGAAGGAUCUAACCGAGUCAUUGCCACCCGCAUACGCCGAAGACCCAAUCCACUUCCCCGACGACUCUCCUCUUUUCUUCUACCCCUUCAUGGCCGGAGCGUCGCCCAACUCCCCAAUCCCUCCCUCCGCAGCUCGGCUGCCCGCCAUUCCCUACUUCGACGGCCCGCACCUCGAUCUCCCAGAUGACUGCGACGUUCUAUCGCCCUCUCCAGCAUCUACGCCCUGGAUGAACGAAGAAAGCGGGUCCUUCAACCACUACGACGUAUCCUUCAACAGUGAUUCUACUACUUCAAGCGCGGAUACGACUUUCGAUAUGUCGCAGGGCCCGUUCACGCCCUCGCAUUCGAGGGCCGAAUUUCCGAGUCCGUUCCCUACCCAUCUCAAUGCCCGGUUUCACGGUUCCGCGAAGAGAGGUCUUGGUCUCGGGAUCAUGCAUGCUGCGAAGAAGGAAGGAUUCGGGCAGUUUCCGGAACUUGAAACCCUCUCGAUUCAGUCUAGCGACGAGUCGUACUCUAGGUUCAGUGAAGGGAUCAGCGGGGCUGACAAUAUGACAAUGAUGUCGCCGGCUUCCUCUGCUCACGGCACCUUCGGACCUGCUAUCCCGGAACGAUUUUUCUAUCCUAUCGAAGGUGGAGGGGAGGAAGAGGAGGAUGUAGCGGAUUCCUCGCUUCUGACUGCACUGUUCCACGAGCCAUUGUUGAGCCUGGGCACGAACGAGGAUGGAGGAUACGGCCGUGCGCUCAGUUCUAUCCCCGAGUGCGAUUCGUGGUAUGAGAUCGACGAGGCUCGGGUGGCGGAUAUGGAGGUUUUGCCUCUCAUAUCUUCGUCUGACGAGGGUGGCAUUGACGAUGAACCCUCCUCCACGUCGUCGUCAUCCACCUCGGCCAAACGCUCUAAGAAGUUCCCUGGUGACCUAAAGCGUACAUCCUCGCUCCCCAAGUCGGCGUCUCACCGGUUCUUGAUGUCGGCUCGGCAUGCGUUUAGCUCGAAAGCCAGGUCUGCGCCUACUAGUCCCAAGUCCUCGACCUCGAAUCUUGGUGUUUUCGAAGGUGCUCAAGGGAGGGUGUGA